ACACCCUCAGAAGACCAAUGUCCAUUCACUGAUGAGUCACAAGGGAGACCUACAAUAUUAGGAAGGUGGUCAUAAUGUUAUGCCUGAUCAGUGUAUAUAUACACAUGGGCAAGGACAGGUGAGGUCUGAAGAACACAAAGAGAAAAGACACAAGGCAAAACAGGUGAGUAUAAUCAAAGAGGUGGGAAAAGACAAUAAAAUAGGAAAUGUGACUGUUUCGUGUGGCUGUCGAGAUUUUUAUGAACAAAAUGAGGCCAUGAUAACAACAAUGAUCUUCCUAGAUUAACCUGAGAUUAACCUUAAAAACUUUGCUCGGGCUUGUCUUAUAUGUUCUGCACACACUAGUCGAAUAUGCUACCUGUAUGUCAGUGUACGUGACAGCCUACCAUCUGGUUUUUGCACCGUGACUUCAUGAUGAACUGGUACUGAGCUGCAUUGCCCUCUGCUGGACAACAACUGAAUCGCACAUCACACGAAAAUAGGCGACAUCAGUAGUCAAUGCAAUAAAUAACGAAGGGUGCUUUCGCCCCCUCCACGGAUGAUCACAACUACGUGUUUUUGUGAUCACGACCCAUACGCACAUUUCAUUGGAGCCUCCCUUCAACUGGGAUGGGCACCAUUAUGCAGGAGCGAGUGACGCAAAGAUGCCCGGAGAGAGUUCCCACCAAGGAGAGAGAAUGGAAGAAGAAGACAUCGUGGAGCAUCAACAGGCUUAAUGUGGCUAGCAACAGAAUGGGAAGGCGGCAGUCUCAGAGGAAGUCUCCACAGCCUGAGUACAUGCUCCCGAGUCAGGAAAAUAAUCAUGACAAACAAAGAAGAAAGCACAAGCCCAACACCUCGUCGACCAAACACUAUACUCCACAGUACAGUGUUCAGGGAACCUCAGAGUCCAUGUAUCAUCUUGUGUGCCCUGGAGAGGAUGGGAUGGACCCCAGUGUGCAGCCAACGUGUCCGGGUGCCAGCAGCAGAGAGCACAAGCACACCGGUCUGAGAAGGAGCAGGUACACAGAGGCCUCCCCCUCCCACCAGCAGUCUGGUUCAAGCACUAAUCUCCUGGAAAGAGACGACCCAAAACUGAAGAUUGGAGGUCUGAGCAGAAACGAGGAGGAGGACACUGACACUGACUUGUCUGAGUCAGAAAGACUUCCUGCAUCACCUUCUGUUCGUGUUCCUCCACAGCUCAAGGUCAGGCCAGAGGUCACUGAGGCAGAGGACUGCUCCUUUCACAGCAUCUGGACCAAAGGCCAGGGACGUGGUGGUUAUGAGUUCCCAGACUUCCUCCCUCCUCCUUUUAAUUCAUGGAGCCUCAGUCAGCUGGCUCUUUUCUACAACAUGGAGGGCCGGGGGGCCUCUCGGCCCAGACCUGUUGGGCCUUUGGAAAGGUACCUGGAGAGACUGCUGCAGCUAGAGUGGUGUCAGAUCCAGACUGUCCAAGAGGAGAGUGGGAAGUCAGCUGUUUCAGAACUUAUAUCCAGUUGCCACAGGUCACCUGCUGCUGCUUCAUCACGCCUCAGCUCUCCCAAGUGCAUCCUACAGUGUCAGCGUGCCUUCCCCCUUACAUUCCUCUCCUCUCUGUCCAGUCACUCUGCCCUGCUCUUGGGCUGUGCCUGCACACUCUGCCGAUCGCGCUACUCCCACUGUAUAAUGUCAUGCUGUCGCUCCACUCACAGCCACACCCGUCAGUCCAGAGUGAGUCCCAUGCUGGAGUGCAGCAAGCAGCCCAUGCUGCUCCCCAAAAGAAGCUACAGUGAGACCCGGGUACACUCCUCAGACAGCAGCUCCUGCACUCAGAGGUCCAACAGCCCUGUGAGAACGAACAUCCACCUGAGGAGAAUGCAAGCUUCAGGAAACAUGCGUACCCCAGUCCAAGGUGCUACUACCAGGCCUCCUUCCACUGCCAGGAAGUCCAGUGAUGGUGGUGGUAAAGUGGAGGAGAGAGACUACUGGAAAAGAGGGUUUAGGAGGAGCGGCUCAGAGCAUAGGAGAGGUGGAGUAGAAAGACAACAGAAUGGAUCAGAGAAAAGAAGGAGUGGCUCUGAGUGCAGAAAAGGAGAGUGUAGAAGAGCAGCUGAGUUUAAGGAACAGGAAAUAAAACCAGACGCUGUCACUGCAAUAAUGGAUAAUUUACCUGGGUCCAAAUAUUCACCUACACAGAGGCCGAGCAAGCCAAAACAAGUUGAAUUUCUUACAUAAGAAAGUUAUGUGCAACCUGAAUGCCACAGCUUCAGACAUGAGUAUGAAUGGACAUUUUUACUCCGUCUUUGAUAAACGGGUUCACUAAAGGUGUAGCAAUAUUGUUUAUGUCCUGUUAUAGUUAUGCAUAUUUUUUUAAUUUUCUAAUGUUUGUUGUCAUGUUUUUUUUUCUGUAGUGGUCAAUUCAACACAGUAGUGUUCAACUGAAUGCAGCUGCUCACACGACUGAUUGUGCUAAAACAACAAAAAAAAGCCUUCUUUUUUGAUAUUGAUUUAAGUUGGUCCAGCAAGGUCAGUCAGCACAAUACAUAUGUAGACAUUUGUAUAAUAUAUUUUUCAACACUUCAGGCUUUCUAGUAAUGUGAAUGUAAAAAAACAAAACAAAAGAAAAACAAAGAAGGCUUUUACUGUAACUGAUUUUUUUACUUUUUUUUUGGUGCUGUUACUCAAAUCAGAAAAUUGACAAAGUUAAGUAAAGACAUUUCAGCGAAAAAGAAAGUAGAGAAAAUGUAUUGCAUCCUGCUACUGACAUGAUACGAACAGCUCCAAAACCAACAAACAACAUUUAUUUGGUGGUCAAAUCAUAGCCUAUUAUGUUUACAGUGUGUGACAUCAGCUCGUUAAGUUCCUGCUCUAGGGCCUUAACAUAAAGUGGACAUAGAUAACAGAGUUACAAAAGUAAAGGUGAGAGAUGGUGAGGCUUAUGCUAAUAACUAAUCCAGGCCUUAACUCAUAAGGUGUGGUCAAUCAGGCUCAUUAGGUGCAUGCACCACCCAAAGACAACCAGACAUGUGCCAAAGCUCUCGUCUUCGCUUAUGUGCAGAGGGUUUUUUUUUUUU